AUGCAAGAUGCCUCAAAGAAGCUUACAGAGUCUCUCCAUGAAGUGUAUGAGCCAGACUGGUAUGGACGUGAAGAUGUGAAAAUGAUUGGAGAGAAAUGUGAUGAACUUUGGGAAGACUUCCAUCAAAAACUGGUGGAUGGGUCAUUGUUAACGCUGGAUACAUAUCUAGGACAAUUUCCUGAUAUCAAAACUCGCAUUGCAAAACGAAGCAGAAAGCUAGUGGACUACGACAGUGCAAGGCAUCAUCUAGAAGCCCUGCAGAGCUCAAAAAGAAAAGAUGAGGGUAGAAUCACCAAGGCAGAAGAAGAAUUUCAAAAAGCACAGAAAGUGUUUGAAGAGUUUAACACUGACUUGCAAGAAGAGUUGCCGUCUCUGUGGUCACGACGAAUUGGCUUCUAUGUGAACACCUUCAAAAAUGUAUCCAGCCUUGAAGCCAAGUUUCACAAGGAAAUAGCUUUAUUAUGUCACAAACUAUAUGAAGUGAUGACAAAGCUGGGGGAUCAGCAUGCAGACAAGGCCUUCACCAUUCAAGGGGCACCAAGUGAUUCAGGUCCACUCCGCUUUGCAAAAACACCGUCACCACCAGAGGAGGUCUCUCCCCUACCUAGCCCUACUGCUAGUCCCAAUCAUAUGCUGGCACCAGCAUCUCCAGCACCAGCCCGACCGAAGUCGCCUACACAGCUGAGGAAAGGUCCACCGGUGCCACCGCUGCCUAAACUCACACCCACAAAGGAGUUGCAACAGGAGAACAUCAUUAACUUAUUUGAUGACAACUUUGUCCCAGAAAUCAAUGUGACAACCCCAUCACAGAAUGAAGUACCUGAAGCUAAGAAAGAGGAAUCGUUACUGGAUUUGGACUUCGACCCCUUCAAGCCAGAAGCUGUGUCAACAGGAGUUAGUCAUUCACCCAUGUCUCAGACAUUGCCAUGGGAUCUAUGGACGACAAGCAGCGAAUUGGUGCAGCCGGCAUCCACCAUAGCAUUUAAUGGAUUUGCACAGGAUAUAUCUGCAUUUACAGUGCAAUCAAAUGAGAAUGUGGAAGAACCUUUGACUGAGGCUGAAGAAACUCCACCUGGGGAACCUAAGGUUGAGGAAACCCCUGCUGCUGCUGCUGUUGUGGAAAAGGAGGCCAUCCCUGCUGAGCCGGCAGAGCAGGCUGUGCAGUCAGCUGAGAAUGUCGAGGCAGGAGAUAAGGAGACAACUGGAGUUGCUGAGAAGGAAAGCGAGGUGGUACCUUUUGGUGAGAGGACUGCGGCGUCAGAAGACAGUGCAGCGGUGGCAGCAGGAGCUGCCACCACUGAGCAGGAGGAUGUUGCUGAAGGUGACAAACCUCAGGGAGAAGAAAAAGAGGCUGAUAUGUCUCAGGAGAAGGUCAGCAGCAUCCCUUCUGUAGUAAUAGAUCCAGCAUCAAACAACGAGGGGGAGGGAGAACACGAAGUCAUCAUGAAUGAGUCCAAAGAUGCCACAACAGAGAUGGGUGCUCAGGUCACUGACACUUCUCUCAGUGAAACUUCCCAAUCUGGAAAUGAUCAGAAACCUGCUGAAGAAAUCCAGGUUGUACUUUCUCAGGAUCAGCCUGUUCCAGCAGAAGAUGCAGCUUCAGCAAUGCCACCUGGUUUUCUCUAUAAGGCUGAAGUUCUACAUGAUUUUGAGGCAGCUAACAGUGAUGAACUUAAUUUAAAGCGAGGAGAUAUUGUGCUAGUGAUUCCUUCUGAGACCACAGCUGAUCAGGAGGCUGGCUGGUUGACUGGCAUUAAGGAAUCCGAGUGGCUACAGUACAGAGAUGCAAAUAGUUAUAAAGGACUUUUCCCAGAGAACUUCACACGCCAUCUGGAGUAG